GCCCCUGUUCUUUGGUAACCCAUGUACAGUGCAAUGCAGUGUGACUCUUGUUCUCAGUAUUUUCCUAUUCAUUUGAAACGCGUCUUAAGACUGUGUAUGGUAUAUGCACACUUUGAGCUAGGAGAGAAAACGGGUUUUCAACCCAUAUUUCGCCAAUCUACCUUUUUCUGGUUUCAUCUAAAAUCGACUUCGUACUUUGGCAUGUUGUGAUUCUAUUCUGGGUUUCUAGAAGGUGGAAUAAUUAUGUGCAUGGUUUAAAUCAUUCUAUGGUCUCUUAUGCAUGAAGUUAAUGAAUCAAAUCUUCAUUCGACAGACUCCAACAUUGCACGAAGUACGAUGGAUCAAUCUUAUGCUGCCUAUAAUUGCCGAUUGAUAAGAGGUCACCUAUCCCAGAGAAAGAUACUGGUCAUUCUUUCGGUUGCUUCAGUAAUCAUCAUCUAUUCCAUUGCCGGUACUUGGAUGCAAAGCAGAAACGAAAUGUCUUCUUCUGACCCUGUAGCUACCUGGUAUAACAAUGAAAACAAUAGAGGAACGAUUGUUUCGAAAAGUGGAAAAGCUUGGGGACUUUAUGGCUUCCAAGACACAAGAUUGGAAAAUACCAGGACACUGAAUCAACUCAUGGACAACAAAAGUGAGAGUCUAACUUUUUCUCUUCUGGCCAAUGCCACGCAGCAUAGAAAAGGCUUGCCCAACUAUUACAUUCACGGGACCAGACUUGGACUGGGAGAAGAUUACUCGAGAUGUAGCAUAGUCUUUGUACACCUGCAUAAGGCAGGAGGAACCACAACUAAGUCUGUAUUAAGGAAUGUUCGUAAUAAUGCACAAAUGCCUGUAGUAAAACUGAGCAGGGAGACUAAUACCGAAGUCUUUACUAGUUACAUCAAGAACGGGCGGACAUCGAAACCUACAGUUUUCAUGGGAGGUUUUAGCUUUGGCAUAUGUGAUGUUCUGAAGGGUAGACCUUGUACAUACAUGGCGGUUCUUCGUAAUCCAUAUGACAGGAUUAUAUCAGCGUACUAUUUCUGUUAUAACAGUCAUCGCACCCUGUGUGGACCGGUGUCAUCCAAAGACGUUUCCAUUACUACUUGGGCGAUCCAUCAAGGAAGUCACUUCUUUAAUCAACUUCUCAUGCUCCCGGACACUUGUAAGAAUGAUUCCAGAUCUCAUGAGUAUGUCAAGCGCUAUCAAAACCAUACCAGAGAUAUCCCGUACAUAGAAAAACGCGAAGACGCAUGCUGGUUCCAACAAAAGGCCCUACACAAAGAAACCUUAAAGAAAGACCAACGUCGUGCACUUCUACACUACAUUCUUGAAAACCUAGAGAACUGGUUCGGGGUAAUAGGACUUCUAGAGGAAUAUCAGUUAUCCCUCGAACUUUUUGGAGAAGCUUUCAAAAGGAAUUUUACGGCUGCAUAUUCAGCCCAGCUCAAUACUGGAAAAGCAAGAAAAAAAGUGGAUAACACGUCUGUCAAACAGAUGAAAAAAGAUUUACUUAAUAGUGCUGAAGCAAGAGAAGCGUUAUAUGAAGAUAUCUUGAUUUACGAGAAGGCUGUUGACAUCAUGAAACGUCAAAAAGAAGAAUAUUUUCGAAUAAAGAAUAGAAGAAAAAUGUUAGGUUAUGAGCAUUUCCAUUGAAGAUGCUAUGAAUAUAGGAGCUUCUGGUAUUAACUGGGCCUAGAAGAAAGAUUUAUAUCCAUAUUCCUAUCGAGAACACAUUAAAUUAGUUCUAGGAAUUGAUCAUGUAGAUUCGCUGCUCAAGCGGCAAAGGGCGACCACCAACCCUGGCUUCGCCCCUGCCAUUAUCAACCAAAACCAACGUGAUCAUCGU